AUGAUAUCGAGUAUUUUAUAUCAGUAUCCUGUAUCAGUGUUUAGUGGAUUUCAAUCUAAAGCUGAUCGGAAUAUCGAAUGGAGAGAUUACAACAAUGACAGCGAGGAAGAGUUCGAAAGCAACUAUGAGGUUGUUCAGCCAAACGAAGAUGAUGAUGAAGUUGCUGACAUUAUGGAGACAGAUGUGGCGGAAGUGACAAAUGCACUAACAAAUCAGCAACCAUUUGAAGAGCCAUCUUUUAUGCGUGCAUUGGAUUUGGAGGCUAUGUAUGCACCAAAAUAUCCUGAAAACUUUAAUGCAGAAAACUUAUGUUAUGAUAUUGUUGUUGUAGAGCCUUUGGUUGUAGUAGAUGGUGAAUUUGUCGUGGGGAUGAAAUUUAGUUUUCGUGAAUCUGUGAUUGCGGCAGUUAAAGAUUAUGCUAUUCGAAGAGGCGUAGAUUACCGGUUUGCACCAAACCCUAACACUUACACACAGAAGAUCACCAAUAUCAUUAAAUCGAUUUCUGCUAUUCACUUCUUCGACGGACACACUCAAAGCUCACCGCCGUUGCACGGCGCCUCUCCUUUCCGACUUCUGUGUGCUCUACUUCGUCGGCUGGGAGCUUGUGCUACUUUUUUACCGCCUUCGCCUCUUUUUCGCCGCCACGUCCUCUCUCUGUUGGUGUUUCUUCUCCGUCUCCUCCUACUCCUCUGUGAAGCUUUGCUCCACCGCCUCCUCCUCUCAGCCCGUCUGCUCUACCUCUCUACCUCUGCCAUUUUUUCUUGGUUUCACACUCGCGCCCUUGCUAUACUGAGUAUUAAGCCAAUGGAGGCACUGAAGGCUUGUUAUGGGGAUGGAUCUUCUGAUUCGGAUUCUGAAGCUGCCCCUUCAUGUACAACUAAAGCUCGCUCCGAAGAAUUCACACUGUUGCCACCACCUCCUAUCUCACUCCUUGACCCUCUAAGUUUGCUUGGUUCUCAAGAUCUGGAAAUAGGACAGACAACUAGAGUUAGGAGUUUCCCUCAUGUUGAUGGUAACUAUGUCCUACAUGUAUACAUACCAAUUCAUAUUUCAUCUUCAUCAAAAAAAGAAAUAGCCACUUUCUUGAAGAAAGUCACCUCUCAGGAACCUAAUCUUCAUGUUGUUGACGUUGAUCUCCCACUUAAAGUCCUCUGCAAAAGUGAUGAGAAGCUUGAACAGGUUGCCUUGGGAAGGGAGUUUCACAUAAGUUUGGGACGAACUGUUCCAAUAGGGGUUCAUCAAAUUGACUCAGUGGUCUCAAUGCUUCGACAGAAACUUCAAACGCGACACCAUUAUUGGAUUGACUUCAACCAUUGGGAGGUAUUCAUAAAUGAUGAUCAUACACGCACUUUUCUCUCCUUAGAAGUUGUUCAAGGAGGUUUAGUAGAGAUAACAAAGCAAAUUGAAUUGAUCAAUGCAAUUUAUAAGCUUCAUAGCCUUCCUGAAUUUUACAAGGAUCCACGGCCUCACAUAUCAUUAGCAUGGGCAUUGGGUGACAUAAGCCAUUCCCUAAAGAAUACUGUAAACGAGGUAUCAAAGAACUGCGUUGCGAAAUCCCCAAACAAAUCUAUUUUUAGCUGUAAAUUCAAAGGAAUUGAGUGUAAGAUUGGCAAGAAAAUAUAUACAGUUUGUAAAAUCUCAGAUUGAAAAACAAUGUUAAGUAUGAAGAGCAUAGUCUUUCUUGAAA